AGCAGGAGUGGCAGUGAGGCAGCUUCCUUGGGGACGGCUUGAGGGCUCGUCAUCCUGCAGAAGUCACGGGCACUGAUCUGGAGCUUCCUGACGUGGUCAUGGCUGCCUGCGGAGCCCACCCUCUGAGGAUCGUUCUGGUAGGCAAAACUGGAAGUGGGAAAAGUGCCACAGCAAACACCAUCCUUGGCGCGAAAACAUUCACCUCCAAAAUUUCUGCACACGCCGUCACCAAAGAAUGUCAGAAGGCUUCCAGGAAGUGGCGGGAGUAUGACCUGCUCGUGGUGGACACGCCGGGGCUCUUCGACACCAAGGAGAGCCUGGACACCACCUGCAGAGAGAUCAGCAGGUGCGUGAUCUUCUCGUGCCCGGGGCCCCACGCCAUCGUCCUGGUCCUGCAGCUGGGCCGCUACACCGAGGAGGAGCAGAAGACCGUGGCCCUGGUCAAGCUGGUCUUUGGGGAGGUGGCCAUGAGGCACAUGAUCGUCCUGUUCACGCGCAAAGAAGAGCUGGAGGAGCGCAGCCUGCAGGACUUCAUAGCGGAGUCGGACGUGACCCUCCGGAGCCUCGUGGGCGAGUGCGGGGGCCGCUGCGUGGCCUUCAGCAACAAAGCCUGCGAGGACGAGAAGGAAGGUCAAGUGCAGGAGCUGGUGGGGCUCAUCCAGAAGAUGCAGCAGGCCAAUGGGGGGGCUUACUUUUCUGACGCCAUCUACAGGGACAUAGAGCAAAAGCUGAGAGAAAAAGCAGAGAUCUUGAGGAAAAUUUACACUGAGCAGUUAGAGAAAGAAAUCAGGGAAGUGGAGGAGAUGUAUGAGCACAAAGGCCCUGACAGUGUGCAGGAAAAAGAGGAAAAAAUAAGAUCAAUUCAGAAAAAGUAUGAAGAAAAGAUAAGCAAGGUUAGGGAAGAAGCAGGGAAAAGUAUCUUUAGUACUAUUGUUCAGUCACUUAAGAACUCUCUUUCCAAAAUAUGGCCUUUUUCCUGGAAGUAA